GGUAAAUGUGUUAUUGAAUUGCAUCAGAGCAAAGGAACGAACUAUCGCACAAUUGCUGCGGCUCAACUUGAUCUCCGAAUGCUGCUGCAAGACAAAUCAGCCAGUAAUAGCACCUCAGCUUCAAACCUUCGUUGUCAUGGCCAGGUCGAUUUUAUUGGACUGGUUGCACCUAGUUUUUCAAACGGAAGCAUGUUGAGCGGUAAAGAGGAAGAAGGAACAGCGAAUGAUUUAGUUGGCCAGUUGGUAGGACGACUCACUUAUUGGCUUCGACUCUGCAUCCCCAUGGAACAGGCAAUACGGUACGUUGUAUAG